AUCACUAUCCUGCUUCAGGGGCCUGUGCACACACAGCACGGCUCACAACGGUAGGACUACAGGCCGAGUGGGCCACCAUUCCCCAAGCUCCACAACUUCGGUGAAGGCUUGACGUGUGUAACAUCAAGCAACCUGUUUCUUCCGUACGAAUAUUCAAAAUCUGAAUAAAGGACCAUGGGCUUUUCAACGACGUCACUGCUGAUUGUCGUCAAUGUUGCAAUCCUUGCUAUUUUCGUCGGUGUCUCCGUCUUUCCUGUCGACGACAAAGGAAUUCUUUCCCCCGGACUGAGGACGACUUAUGACUAUAUCAUAGUUGGGGCAGGGUCCGCAGGGGCUGUUCUUGCGUCCCGUCUGACCGAGAAUGGUCACGUGACCGUCCUGCUGAUCGAGGCUGGCGGUGAUGACCGGAACCAGAAGACGCUGGAUACUCCUCUGAUUGUAGCCUUAAACCAGAUGGACAAAUUUGACUGGGCCUAUUUGACCGAACCUCAGCAACAUGCACAUUCAGGACUAAUAGAAAAGAGGGGAGCAUGGCCACGUGGUAGAGUCUUGGGAGGAAGCAGCCAGUUAAACUAUAUGCAGUAUGUCAGAGGGCAUCGCCAUGACUACGACAGCUGGGCAGCCAGUGGCAGUGAGGGGUGGAGUUACGAAGAUGUUCUCCCGUACUUUAAAAAGUCGGAGGACAUACAAAUUGAUAGAUUAAAAAAUUCAGAAUACCAUGGCCGGGGAGGCCCAAUGACUGUGACGGAAGUGAACGCAAUACCCGUCGCUGACUACUUCGUCAAGGCGGGAAUUGAACUCGGGUUCAAGGAAGUAGACUACAACGGCGAAAAUCAGGAAGGAUUUAGUAGAUCUCAGGUUUCAAUCAAGAAUGGGGAACGUAUGAGCACAUCCAAGGCGUUCCUGUGGCCUGUGAUAGACAGACCCAACCUGCACGUCCUGGCCAACAGUCACGUCACGAAGGUAAUGAUUAACAAGAAGACAGCAGUUGGUGUCGAGUAUGUCAAAGAUGGCCGCCUGUACAGAGUUCGUGCUUCAAGAGAGGUAAUCUUGUCAGCUGGUGCAAUUGGAUCGCCACAACUGCUGAUGCUGUCAGGAAUCGGGCCAAAGAAACACUUGGAGGAGAUGAAGAUUCCAGUUCACGCUAGCCUCCCAGUUGGUGACAGCUUACAGGAUCACAUGUUCGUCACCAUGGUAUCAAAGAUUCAGAAGCCUAUUUCGCUCACGACAAAGAAGUUAGAGUCAACCCUUGCUUCAAUCGAAUAUCGUGCAUUAAAAUCAGGUCUUUUCACAUCAAGCGGCGGUCUGGAAGCCACGGCGUUUGUGAAGACGAAAUCCGAGGAACCAAGUCCAGACGUUCAGCUUCUCUUUGUCUGUGCUUCAAUGGACAAAAGACUUGCCCGUCUGUUUAACAUUGACCAAAAGAUAGUUGCUCAUUUCAACUGGACGUCUGUUGAAGAAGGUUUCACAACCCUCCCAGCUUUACUCCGUCCAAAGAGCAAGGGGACAAUCCGCCUGAGAAGCACCAACCCGUUUGAGCAUCCUAUCAUCGAUCCCAACUACCUGUCUCAUCCCGAUGACGUCAAGACUUUAGUUAGAGGUGUUCGCAUGGUCCAGAAACUUCAUCAGACAAAGGCAUUCAAGGAAAUAGGAGCCCAGCUUGAAGACACACCCUUCCCGACAUGCAACACUAUGAAGUAUGACACUGAUGAAUACUGGGAGUGUUACAUCCGGGCACUGGCUACAACAAUCUACCAUCCGACCACCACGUGCAAGAUGGGGAAACCAAGCGACCCAACUACAGUGGUGGAUCCUCAACUGAGAGUGAAGGGUAUUUCUGGGCUGCGGGUCGCGGACGCCUCCAUCAUGCCGGCCCUCGUGUCAGGGAACACAAACGCCCCGUGCAUUAUGAUUGGUGAAAAGGCGGCAGACAUCAUCAAAAGUAGCAAAUAAGGCUCAGGAUAAUCUUGUAUUCCACAUUUUAGACAGAUCAUCUAUAUCUCUCUCUCUCUAAGUAUUGCACAUCUAUCUAUUAUAACGUAAAAUAUGUAUAUAAAACGCUUUAGUUAUCGUACACAUCACAUGAUGUUCUUCGAUGAUUUCUCUCUCUCUCUCUCUCUCUCUCUCUCUCUCUCUCUCUCUCUCUAUCUCUCUCUCUCUCUCUCUUAUUAUAUUAUUAUUAUAUUAUUUUUCUUAUUAUAGAAAUAUGUGAAUAGAUCUUUUUUGUCAUCAAAUACAUACACGAUGUUCUUCAAUUAAUAUUUUUUAAUCUGGAAUAAAAGUUAAAA